AUGUCAGCCCCUGUUGACGACCUCCUCGCGGCUUUUGCUGAGUCUGCACUCUCCUGGGAGGAUGCGCACCAGCAAAAAAAAAAGUCUUCGCCGCAGCCAGCCGCUGCAGACGCGCCGUCGUUGCCGGGAUGUGAAUCCUUGUUCGGCCCCUUUCGUGCUUCUGCCGAUUUUGGCGGUCUUGCAACAGACUCCGCAGCAGUCGCUUCAGGAGCAGCGGAUAGCUUCCUGCCCGCAGAUGAUGACGCCUUCGGAGAGUGGGAGUCUGCUACCGACGCACCACAGCAAUUGCCGGAGCAGCAGCAGCAGCAGAAGCAGCAGCAGCAGAAGCAUGGCUGGACGCCUUGUGAAGGAGCGGGGGAGGGGCAGACCUGCAUAUUGGGUACGCGUUCCCUUCCAAGCAAAUUUUCAGGCACUUUUUCUGAACUGGCACAGCCGCCUCCCCUCUCCAGCAACAGCACCAGCGAGACUCCUGCUAAAGAUCACAGGAGAGCUUCUGCUGCUAAAGAUCACGGGAAACAUUCUGGUUUCGAUGAAAUCGCGGCGUUUUCUGGAGCCUCCGAUUUUUCAGAUGCCGCAGCAGUUACUCUGCCUGCUGCCCCUACACUUGGAGAAGCUUCGCGAGCAGCAGUGGCGAGUGCUCCCGACAUGUCUGUCACUUCGGCGUCAGCCGCUUCUGCCGUUGUUUCUCCCGCUGCAUGCGAUCGCAGCAGUCAGCGCUUCCCCGUGGCAGCCUUGCAUGCGGACGCUGUGGCUGGUGAGGCCUCGCGUCAGCGGCCAGCGCCUCAACAUGUGGCAUUUGCAGCGGCGACUACGGGAUCUGUCGAAGCGGCUGCAACGGAGAAAGCGGAAACAACGCCACACGGGCAAGAGCAUGUAACGGCUGCUUCUGCAGCACUGCGAGACAGACACAGCAAUGCAGCCGAACUGCAUGCUGAAGCGCAACAAGAGGUCUUGGAGGCUGCAGCUCCCGAGACAGACCGCAGCAGCCAGCCGUUCGCCUCUGCAUCGCCGGCAGGCGGUUCUUCACCUCCGCUGACGAAUGCAGUGUAUGACUGGGAGGCUGUGGAACGUCUUAGCCAGAAGUACCGACAGGUGAAGAAGCAAAACGCCCUCCUGAAGGAGGCUCUGAGGCAGCAGCAGCAAGAAAAGCAAGAAAAGCAACUGCAGCAAGAAAAGGAUCAGCAAGAAAAGCAACUGCAACUGCAAUCGCAGCAAGAAAAGCAACUGCAGCAGCAGCAGCAGCUGGAAGGACAGGAAGAGGCUUCGGGCCUGGUGCGCCAGCUGCAGCAGCAAGUUGCUUUAGGAGAGUUCAGGCAGCGGCAACUUCUGGAUGAUCUGGAUACUGCGCAGAGGGAGUUGAAGCGGCAGCAACAGCAGCUGCAGCAGCAGCACUUGCUGCUUCUCAAGGCAGGCGCUGCGCAUCCUGCAUCGGGAGGAACGACAGCCUCUGGAAACACAGGAGGCAGCAGCUGGGGACUGUCUCUGCUGGGUGGUAGCAGUGCAGCUGCGAAGGAUGCCGAAUUGAAGGCACUGCAGCAGCAAGUACAGGUGAUGGGGGAGGAGCUGCAGCUGAAGAUCGAAGAGAAUGAGCGGCUGCAUCUGGAGGCUUUUGAGGAGAGGCAGCAGCAGCAGCAGCAGCAGCAGCAGCUGGAGGAGGCCCUUCGGGUGCUGCAGGACCAGCAGGCAGCAGCGCAGCACGAGAAAAUGCAGCAAGCUGCGGAGUUCGCGGAUUUGCAGCGAAGACACGCGUUGGCGCAGCAGGAGCAAGAAGCCAAGAUGAGGCAGCAGCAGCAGGAGCUUGCACUGGCACGCGAGCACCAGCAUUUGCUUCUACAACAAGCCAUGGUUGAUCGCGAGCAGCUGCUGCUUCGGGAACUGCGGCAGCAGCAACGCGUGCAAGAAGUCAACGCAUAUUUCAGCAGCCUUGUGGGGUGUGACUACUCCCGCCUUGCCCUCCUGCGGUGCUUCGACGUGCCUUCUGGAGGCUUCGCUACGGCCGCUGCUGCCGUUGCAGCGGCACAAGAGAGUCUGCUGCAGCUCGCAAUCGCUGCGCUGGCAGACUUGCAACACAUGCUGCAGUGUUGGGCAGCAGCCCUCGACCUUUCUGCGGCAGCAGCAGAGGGAGACGCCGCUGCAGAAAAAACAGGAGACUCGUGCGAAAUAGAAGCAGAAACAAGCCGUUUGCCACGAUCCUCUCUUGGUCUGGCCUGGCGUAUAAGCAUCGCAACUCGCCAGGCUCGCCGCGCUGCCUCGGAUGCUGGCGCAUGCAUUGCCUCCGUCAUUUCUCUCCUUGAAGGAGCUGCCGAGGCUGCUACGGCCUCUGCUGCGCAGCCAAUGUCGAGAGAGAAGUCUGGUGGCGUGGAAGAAUUCGCGGAAGGUUUGCGACGAGAAUCGCAGAAGUUAGGAGCUGCCUUUUCCCUCUUUGUCUCGCUGACGCUGCUGGCGGUGUCACUUCAGCAAGACGCCCUCAGCGGCACUCAGCAGCAGCAACGGCAUCAGCAGCAGCAGCUGGAUAUGUUGCUGGGGAGUGCAGCUCAGUCGUCUGCGUUGGCAGGGCACAGUGUUGCAGCUGCUGUUGCUGCGGCUGCAGAUUUUCUGCUUUGCGAGGCUGCGUCUUUGCAGGAUGUUGCUGGCGGAACUGCAACAGCGCAACCGCAAGAGGCGGGGCCCGCUUCUCGACAGCUGCAGCAGCUGCAGCAACAGCAGCACGAGCUUUCGCAUGUGCAGGAGCAACUGCCUGCAGAUCUGCGCCUGCCGCCUCUCCCCACAACGCCUCCCCCAGCAGCAACAGCUCAGCCCUCGGAAAGGGCAGAUCACCCUCACUCAGUCUUUCCCUGGCGUGGUAGAGUUCCUGAACUGCCUGCACAAACGCAGCAGAAACAACAAACGCAGCAGAAACAACAAACGCAGCAGAAACAACAAACGCAGCAGGAAGGGGAGACGGAGGACUGGGCAGAGGCGGAGUGCAGCAACUGGUUCUAUCAGCUGAGAAGCAGCCGAAGUGCUGAAGCCGCAGGGGCAUCUCUACCCCAGUGGCGAGGCUUAUCAGAGGCUAAAACAGACCGCUUGCUGCAGCUUUUUGCAACCCACUUAGCGGCUCUCUUGGAAAUCUUCCGUCGUUUGGCUGUUUGCCUCUCUGGCCGCAUGCGGCGUCCAGCGGAUUUGCUGGAUGGGCAGCUGCUGUUGCUCUCUGGCACCGGAACAUGCAUGCUCUCGCUGUUGCAGGCAGUUCGCACGAUCGGGAGUGCAGACGGGGGUCUGUCGCUCUUGCUAAGCCAUGCCAAGUUGUUGUUGUUGCUGCAUCGCAGCCCAUCUGUUGCAGUUCUCAGAUCAAAGCCUUUCCAAGAAAUUGCCGCAGCCGGCAUCAGCUGCGUGGCACAGGUUCAGACGAUUCUCGCGAAAGCCGGUCACAAGAUUUCAACACGCUACGUCAGAAGUGUCUUGAGUAAACGCCAGGCAGCAGACGCAGAAAUCGCCGCAGCAGCCGCGAACAUCCGCCUGCUAGAGGAGCGCGUCGUAGAAGCAAACAAAGCAGCCGCUCAGCUGAAAGAGGCGCAAUCAGCAAUCGCGCUGCUCCAGGCUGAGCUUCUGAGGCUGAAGAGCAGCGACAGCGGAACGGACAGCACCGCCACUGCAGGCACAUCCCCUAGGAGGAGUAACAGCAGCCGCUGCUCCGCCUUUCCAGAAGGAGCUGUGGCUGCAACUGCUCUCGCCGACUCGCCCAUGAUCAGCACCGAGGAAUUUAGUGUUGCAGGUAUGGUAUACGCGUCGCCUGCUGCCUCUUGUUUAGCCCACUUACUGUUGCCUAGAGAAGCAACAACAGCGCAAGCAGCAGCCCACAUAACCAGGGAAGCGGCUCUUUCCAACACGGCGCUCGACUUUUUCCCUGCCAAUGAAAGGGAGGAUGCUUACGCGCAGCAGCUCUUGUCGCUUCAGCAGAAGCUGCACGCCGAAGAUGCAGCACUCAGUGUCUUGCGGAUGCAGCUCAGCAGCACUUUCAAGACGGUACAUGCACUGGAAGAACAACGUGCAGCUCUCCGCCGUGAACUGCGACGGUCUAAGGAGGAGGCAGCGGCAUCGGCUGCUGCGGCCGCUGCUGCCGCCACAGAAACAGCAGCAAGUGCUCGUCUCGCGGAAGAAAACUAUUCUCAGCAACUGCGGCUGUUAUCGCUUCACGUGGCAGAAACACACGAGAAGCAUGCCGAAAAGCAAAAGGAGCUCGAAGCCCUCCUCAAACACAAAAUACUCUGCGGGCGAUGCGGCGUGUGGAAUCCUCUCAGCGACCUGCUGAUUGAAGGACAGUCGUGGGGUUCUUGUGUGAUGUGUAGAGGCCGAGUGACUGAACGCCCCUUCUAA